CCCUGGAGAACGAGCGGGCCACCCUCAUCAUCGACCCUUCCUGCGUCUCGCCCUCCCAUGUCAGAGCAACCAUAGACGACAUGGGGUUUGAGGCCGAGCUCAUAGCCGAUGAUAAAGCAACAGUGACCAUAGGGAUCGAGGGAAUGACGUGCAUGUCCUGUGUAAAGAAUAUACAAGGAACAAUUGGAGAGAAAGAAGGAGUUAUUUCAAUAAAAGUCAGUUUAGAAGAGAAGAACGGAACAAUCAUCUAUAAUCCAUCCCAGACAAAUCCCGAAUUGUUACGGACGCAAAUCGAAGACAUGGGAUUCGAGGCCGUGUUGCCCUCACCGUGCGAUCCGGCUGGAGUUUCUCUGGGCCAACAGACCUGUGUCAUUUCUAUACUGGGCAUGACCUGCAACUCCUGUGUGCGCAACAUAGAAGGCACGAUAGGCGGCAAGAAUGGCAUAGCCUCUAUAUCGGUGAGUUUAGAGAAGGAGGAAGGAACAGUAAAGUUCGACCCAUCAGUCUUGAGUCCAGAAUUGAUAGCGGAUAUGAUAGAUGACAUGGGUUUCGAAGCAAAGGUGAAAUCUUCUCAGAAUGGAAGUGUUUCAUCAAUACCUAAUGGUAAAGUUCCUAAGGCCAGCCAUGAGAAAAGUAUAACCAGUUCAUGGAAAGAAAAUGAAGCCUUUGAAGGAGACGAAUCUGCGUUUGAAAAGUGCUUCGUUCGGAUAGAAGGCAUGACCUGUGCCUCGUGUGUGGCAGCAAUUGAGAAGCAUGUCAACAGACUGAAAGGUGUCCGGAGCAUCCUGGUGGCGCUGAUGGCAGCGAAGGCCGAAGUAAAUUACGACCCGGCUCAAGUGUCACCAAGCGAGAUAGCCUCCAGCAUCACAGAACUGGGCUUCCCGUCUUCCGUGCUGGACGAGGGGGUCGGCCAGGGAGAAGUAGAUCUGGAAAUUUCAGGCAUGACUUGUUCGUCCUGCGUUUAUGCCAUCGAGUCCAAUGUCAUGAAAAUGAAAGGCCUCAAGUCGGCAGUGGUAGCUUUGGCAACCGAGAGGGGCAAGUUCGUUUUCGAUCCUGCGGUCACAGGCCCUCGAGAUAUUAUAGACUGCAUUAACGGUUUAGGUUUUACAGCUAACUUGUAUACAGGUGACAUGGGAAGAGGCAGCUACUUGGACCACAAGAAGGAAAUCAGAAAAUGGAGGAACUCUUUUAUAAUUUCCCUUCUCUUUGGAGUCCCAGCCAUGUUGGUGAUGGUCUAUUUCAUGGCCAUGAUGGAGCACAUGUCGCACGUGGAGAUGUGCUGUGUCCUCCCUGGCCUUUCAUUGGAGAAUCUUCUGCUUUUCCUCCUGGCAACUCCUGUACAGUUUAUUGGCGGCCGUCACUUCUACACGCAAGCAUUCAAAGCCCUCCGGCACAGGACGGCCAACAUGGACGUCCUCAUCAUGUUAGCCACGACAAUAUCUUACUUCUAUUCCCUGGGCGUCGUCAUUGCUGCCAUGGCCCUCCAGCAGACCGCAAGCCCAAUGACGUUCUUCGACACGCCACCCAUGUUGCUAGUGUUUGUAUCUCUCGGGCGGUGGCUAGAACAUAUUGCAAAGGGCAAAACAUCUGAGGCCUUAGCUAAGUUGAUGUCACUGCAAGCCACAGAAGCUACCUUAGUUGUCCUGGACAAAGACAGCGACACAAGCUCCGAAAAGAUCAUAGAUGUUAACCUUAUUCAGAGAGGAGACAUACUGAAAGUAAAACCUGGGGAGAAGAUACCUGUGGAUGGUGUUGUGGUAUCAGGCAACAGCAUGGUAGAUGAAUCUCUCAUAACAGGCGAGUCCAUGCCGGUGACCAAGAAAGUGGAAUCACAAGUCAUUGGAGGAUCCAUAAACCAGAAUGGCUUACUUCUGAUGAAGGCCACACAUAUUGGGAAUGACACCACUCUUGCGCAAAUUGUGAAACUAGUAGAGGAAGCACAGACAUCUAAGGCCCCUAUUCAGCAGCUCGCAGACAAGAUCGCGGGUUAUUUUGUCCCUAUGGUUGUCACAGUUUCAUCGCUCACCCUCAUCUGUUGGAUCAUUAUUGGCUAUGUCAACAUUGAGCUUGUUGACAAAAGUUAUAAGGACAAGUUAGGAGAUGGAUACACUAAAACUGAAAUUGUAUUUGAGUUUGCAUUCCGAUGUGCUAUCACUGUCCUGGCCAUUGCUUGCCCCUGUUCCCUUGGGCUAGCAACUCCCACUGCUGUUAUGGUUGGCACAGGUGUCGGGGCAACCAAUGGAAUCCUGAUAAAGGGAGCAGAACCCUUAGAGAAUGCACACAAGGUCAAGACUGUUGUUUUUGACAAGACCGGGACUAUCACCCACGGCACUCCAACACUAGCCAAACUCUGCUUGUAUGUUGACGAGACUGUCUGUUCUCUAGCACAGUUCUUGGUGAUUGUUGGAGCUGCUGAGUUCAAUAGUGAACACCCCAUUGCAACUGCAAUCUCCAAGUUCUGCCAACAGUGCUUGGGCAACCUCAAUGCACAGUGCAAGGACUUUAGGGCAGUGUCUGGUUUUGGUCUGCAGUGCACAAUAUCCGGGACACAGCACAUCAUCCAGGCUGCCAUGACUUCAGAGAUGCUUCUCAAUGUGAAGAACUUGACUGUUAAUUAUAUUAAUGAAUAUGGACUGACUGAGCUGAAUGGUCGCAUGCCUGAGAGACACGAAGACUUGUUCCUCAUUGGUGAUGUGCUUGUGGACUGCACCCAGACGUCGCGCCAAUCCCCAAGCAGCGAGGAGACUCCCCUUAUCUCGCCUGGCUCGGUCUCUAGUGCCUCUGAAGGCAGGAGCGUUCAGGAGCCAUACCAGGUGCUCAUUGGUAACCGAGAAUGGAUGAAGCAGAACGGAAUAGAUGUCCCAAAGAACGCUGACAACCAAAUGACGGAGCAAGAGCAGCUUGGUCGCACUGCAGUCUUGGCAGCUGUCAAUGGGCAACUGCUUGGCAUGUUAGCAGUUGCUGAUACCGUCAAGCCAGAGGCAUCACUGGCUGUGUACUCCCUGAAGAAGAAGGGGCUGGACGUGGUGCUCCUGACGGGGGACAACCAGAAGACAGCAGCUGCCAUCGCCAGACAAGUCGGCAUCAACAGGGUUUUUGCUGAGCUUCUACCCACACACAAGGUCAAGAAAGUGAAGCUGUUGCAAGAAGCGGGCCAGAGAGUGGCCAUGGUGGGCGAUGGCGUGAACGAUUCUCCAGCACUUGCUCAGGCGGACGUGGGUAUAGCCAUAUCCUCCGGUACUGAUGUGGCCGUGGAAGCAGCAGAUGUUGUGCUCAUUAGGAAUGACCUCAUAGAUGUGGUGGCGUGCCUUGAUCUGUCAAAGAAGACUGUACGGAGAAUCCAUCUGAAUUUUGUGUUUGCAUCAAUAUACAAUCUAGUUGGAAUACCUGUGGCAGCUGGUGUGUUUAGACCCCUGGGCUUUGUUUUGCAGCCUUGGAUGGGAUCAGCAGCCAUGGCAAUGAGUUCCGUGUCAGUGGUGGUGUCGUCACUCCUACUGAAACUAUACAAGAAACCAACGCGAGAGAAGCUGGCGACCCUAGACUACCACAAGGCCCAGGAGUCUCGCUUCGGCAACCCUGACGAACUGGACAACAUUUCCGUCCACCGGGGCCUUGGGGACGUGCCGGACAUGAGGUCUGCUUCGGCACUCGCGAGAGUGAAAGACAAUCUCCAAGGUAUUUACCGGCUUGGCAGACCGUCUUGCCAGUGCGCAGGCAUGAGGUUUGGGGGGAAAUGUUCAUGCAGCUAUACCCAGUCCCUCAAAGCCAGGUUCAACGCCAUGACUGGUGUGCAGUUAGGAGGUGAGAGCGAUGCAGAGAUGGAGCAGCUACUGAACGCAGUAGAGACUAACCAUGAGGAAGGAGGGGGGUUAUUUGAGGAUUUUGGUGGUGGUGAUUGGGAUGAAGUACACAAGCCUACCUUGGUGCCAUCGGAGUCUCUGGUGGUGCAGCUGUAAAGUGGUCAUAACUGCUUGCUGCAACCGGUUGGUAUUCGGGUCUUUACGAAGACCUAUGAGGCAAGGUCACAUGCUGGUGCCAACGGAGGACGAAGACGUGGAGCUGAAGUCCAUGGCUGUGUGAUCCGGAGGAGACUUUCGUUGAAAAGGGAAAAAGACCAAAACUCUGAAGAUUAUCAUUUAUUACCACUGUUUUUGUUGAUGUUAUUGAAAUGGUAUAUUCAGUUUAAUGUUGUGAUAAUGUUAAUAAUGAUCAUUAAUUCUACUAUUAUCAUUUGACAUGUGCAGGCAAUUCAUAUAUCAUACCAGUAUAGGAAUUGUAUUGUAAUAUUACAUUUUCAUAUCAGAAAAAAAAAAUGAUGGUUUUACGUAAUCACUCUGCAUUAUUUUUAGAAGAUGCUUACUGGUGUAUUUUAAUAUGUAGGGUAUUAUUCAGUUUUAAAGUUCCUUGGAAAAUUCUGCAGGGCUGUCGUUUCUGAUCAUUGACAGUGUCAUGAAUAUGUUUUAUUUAUAUCUUCUGGCUGUACUUACAACUGUGAAAGCAUCACUUAUCCUGUUAUAUUGAAUCAGUGAUCCAGUGUUAAGUAGUUUUAAGGUUUUAUAAGGAUGGGGUUAUAUUCUGUAUAUGUACUUGUAUAGAAAGUAUAACAGGGAUUUAAUUAACUAUAUUUUUAAUGCUAGUAGGAUUGGGAGAAUUCUUCUGUAUGUAUGAGUUGUACAUUUCAUAUCAUAUUACUUCUUUUACUUAUAUUCCAGCUGGUGCUAAAUAGAAGCCCACACAUUUACAUAUGCAAAUAUGAGUAUGUAUGCAUAUAUAUAUAUAUAUAUAUAUAUAUAUAUAUAUAUAUAUAUAUAUAUAUAUAUAUAUAUAUAUAUAUAUAUAUAUAUAUAUAUAUAUAUAUAUAUAUGGAUAUAUAUAUAUGGAUACCUUAGGUGAUGUUGCAGAGGUUUCAUGUUUGACAAUGUGAGGGAAUCAAUAUUUUUAUAAAUAUUUAUAUUUGAAAUUUUCCUCAAAACUGUGGUUACGAGUGGUGAAUACUAUAUAUUCUUGAUGGAUAGGAUGCAGGUAACUGCACCAGCAGAUAAACCUGCAGAUUCAAAUGUUUUAAGGAUGCAAAAGAGGAAUAUAUUUACAAGCACAGAGUAUACAAUUGUUAUGAAGUUUACAGAUGUGAAUAAAAGCUAAUUGUGAAGCUGAUUUUCUUUGUCAAAUUUUUCAAAGAAUUUUAUUUUACGGUAUCUUUUAUUGGCCAUAAUGAUUUUUCUGAAUCUUGUCAUUCCUUGAACACAUCUAUACUUGACAAGCAUGUAUAUUCUGUGUUUCUAUUAGUUCCAUAUUCUAUGAACACAUGAAUAAAAUAUGGCAAGAA